GUAGUUGUCACAUGACCACCUCAGCCGCUUCCUCUUUCUCCUCGAUUCCCUCCAGCAGGAACGGAAUCUGCCCUGCAUCAUCCUGACCAUAGAGCUCAUCCAGCAGCGCAGAGCAGAGAUGAUGGCUCUCAUCCACCGGCUCAUGGACUGGUUCAGGUCGCUCUUCUGGAAGGAGGAGAUGGAGCUGACGCUGGUGGGACUGCAGUACUCUGGAAAAACCACUUUUGUCAACGUUAUCGCUUCUGGUCAGUUCAAUGAAGACAUGAUCCCUACAGUCGGCUUCAACAUGAGGAAAGUCACCAAAGGCAACGUAACCAUAAAGAUUUGGGAUAUAGGCGGGCAGCCGCGGUUCAGGAGCAUGUGGGAGCGAUACUGUCGGGGCGUCAACGCCAUAGUGUACAUGGUGGAUGCUGCAGAUCGUGAAAAGGUGGAAGCCUCCAGAAACGAGCUACACAACUUGUUAGACAAGCCACAACUGCAAGGCAUUCCUGUACUUGUCCUUGGCAACAAAAGAGACCUCUCUAUUGCACUAGACGAGAAACAACUCAUCGAAAAGAUGAACCUGUCUGCGAUUCAAGACCGAGAGAUCUGCUGCUACUCCAUUUCAUGCAAAGAGAAAGACAAUAUAGAUAUCACAUUGCAGUGGUUGAUCCAGCAUUCAAAAUCUCGGAGAAGUUGAGAUCAAUCCCCGUCCUACCCAUAACCCCAGCUCCCAGCUCAGCCCAGCUCCUCUUCAGAGCGACGCAUCUGUCUGUCCAGUAGCAUUCAUUCUCUAUUACACAGACUGUCAGUAACACGUCCUCACCCGUGGGCCUCAGUCUCCACUCAACUCAUGAUUUGCUAUCAUUCGGCCUGUUUUGUUGGCUGAGUGGAUUUUACUUUACUU